AUGAGGGUCCCUGUACUUGAGAAUGUAAAAGAUGAAACUGAAGAGGAAAAAACAGGGGAAGAAGAAGAGGAGGAUAAGGUAUUCUUUAAGCCUGUUAUUGAAGACCUGAGCAUGGAACUGGCCAGAAAAUGCACCGAACUCAUUAGUGAUAUCCGUUAUAAAGAGGAGUAUAAAAAGUCUAAGGACAAGUGUACAUUUGUGACUGACACUCCUAUGCUAACCCAUGUAAAAAAUAUUGGCGCUUUUAUUUCUGAGGCAAAAUACAAAGGCACCAUUAAAGCGGACCUUUCCAAUUCUCUUUAUAAGCGGAUGCCAGCCACGAUCGACAGUGUCUUUGCAAGAGAGGUUACACAGCUUCAGAGUGAGGUUGUCUACAAGCAGAAACAUGAUGCUGCCAAAGGAUUCUCAGAUUACGCCCAUAUGAAGGAGCCGCCAGAAGUCAAACAUGCCAUGGAGGUCAAUAAACACCAGAGUAAUAUUUCCUACAGAAAAGACGUUCAGGACACGCACACAUAUAGUGCAGAGCUGGACAGGCCGGAUAUCAAGAUGGCAACCCAGAACUCCAAGAUCAUAAGCAAUGCAGAAUACAAGAAAGGGCAAGGAAUAAUGAAUAAAGAGCCUGCUGUAAUUGGAAGACCAGAUUUUGAACAUGCUGUGGAAGCUUCUAAACUUUCUAGUCAAAUUAAAUACAAAGAAAAAUUUGAUAAUGAAAUGAAGGAUAAGAAACAUCAGUACAAUCCCCUCGAAAGUGCUUCUUUUAGGCAAAAUCAGCGUGCUGCGACACUGGCAAGCAAUGUGAAAUACAAGAGAGACAUUCAAAAUAUGCACGAUCCAGUUUCAGAUCUCCCAAAUUUGUUGUUUUUAGACCACGCUUUGAAAGCCAGCAAAAUGCUCAGCGGACGAGAAUAUAAAAAGCUUUUUGAGGAAAACAAAGGAAUGUACCACUUUGACGCCGAUGCUGCAGAACACCUGCACCAUAAAGGCAAUGCUGUCCUCCAGAGUCAGGUUAAAUACAAAGAAGAAUAUGAGAAAAAUAAGGGAAAGUCAAUGCUUGAAUUUGUUGAGACACCAUCAUAUCAAGCUUCCAAAGAGGCUCAAAAGAUGCAAAGUGAGAAAGUUUACAGAGAAGAUUUUGAGAAGGAGAUUAAAGGAAGGUCACCACUGGAUUUAGACAAGACUCCAGAAUUUUUACAUGUAAAGUACAUCACCAACCUUCUGAGGGAGAAAGAAUAUAAAAAAGAUUUGGAAAAUGAAAUAAAGGGGAAAGGAAUGGAACUGAAUUCAGAAGUUCUUGAUAUUCAAAGAGCAAAACGAGCUUCUGAAAUGGCUAGUGAAAAAGAAUACAAGAAAGACCUGGAGUCAAAAAUUAAAGGGAAGGGAAUGCAAGUUGGCAUGGACACCCCUGAAAUACAGUGUGCCAAAAAGGCUGCAGAGCUAGCUCGUGAGAAAGACUAUAAAAGAGAUUUGGAGACUGAAAUUAAAGGGAAAGGAAUGCAGGUGAGCCCAGACACUGUUGAUGUCCAGAGAGCCAAGAAAGCAUCUGAGAUGGCCAGCCAGAAACAGUAUAAGAAAGACUUAGAAAAUGAAAUUAAAGGGUAAGGAAUGCAAGUGAGCGUGGAUAUCCCAGAUAUGAGCCUAAAUAUCCAUUCGUUCAAAUUGGAUGGAUCAAGAUGGCAGAGUCAAAUGUCAAAGGACAUGUCUGGUUCUCAGGCUCCUCAGAAGAAGUAUAAAGAUGAAGCAGAGAAGAUGCUUUCUAACUAUUCUACUGUGGCAGAUACCCCUGAAAUUCAGAGAAUUAAGACAACUCAGCAAAACAUUAGUGCAGUAUUUUAUAAGAAAGGAGUAGGAGCUGGCACAGCAAUAAAAAAUACUCCAGAGAUUGAACGAGUGAAGAAAAAUCAGCAGAACAUUAGUUCAGUAAAAUACAAAGAAGAAAUUAAACGUGCAAUAGACAUUUCUGAUUCUCCAGAGCUAAAGAGAGUUAAAGAAAACCAGAAGAACAUCAGCAAUCUCCAGUAUAAAGAGCAAAACUACAAGGCUACUCCGGUAAGCAUGACCCCAGAGAUAGAAAGGGUGAGGAGGAACCAAGAGCAGCUGAGUGCGGUAAAAUACAGAGGAGAGAUUAAACAGGCAACUGCAAUUUCAGAUCCACCAGAGCUGAAGAGAGUGAAAGAAAACCAGAAGAACAUCAGCAAUGUUUAUUAUAAAGGUCAGCUGGGAAGAGCUACUGCUUUGAGCAUGACUCCCGAAAUGGAGAGAGUAAAGAAGAAUCAAGAAAACAUUAGCUCGGUAAAAUACACCCAGGAUCAUAAACAGAUGAAAGGUAGACCAAGUCUGAUUUUAGAUACACCUGCUCUGAGACAUGUUAAAGAAGCACAAAAUCAUAUUUCAAUGGUAAAAUAUCAUGAAGAUUUUGAAAAGACAAAAGGAAGGGGCUUUACUCCUGUCGUGGAUGAUCCUGUGACAGAGCGAGUGAGAAAGAACACCCAAGUGGUCAGCGAUGCAGCCUAUAAAGGUGUCCAUCCUCACGUCGUGGAGAUGGACAGGAGACCUGGGAUCAUUGUGGACCUCAAAGUCUGGCGCACAGAUCCUGGCUCCAUCUUCGACGUUGAUCCCCUGGAAGACAAUAUUCAGUCUAGAAGUCUACAUAUGCUCUCUGAAAAGGCGAGUCACUAUAGGAGAUACCGGUCUCGAUCUCAUUCCAGCAGUACUUUUGGUACAGGUCUGGGAGAUGACAAGUCAGAAAUCUCCGAGAUUUACCCUAGCUUUUCCUGCUGCAGUGAGGUAACACGACCAUCUGAUGAAGGAGCACCUGUUCUUCCUGGAGCCUACCAGCAAAGCCAUUCCCAAGGCUAUGGGUACAUGCACCAGACCAGCGUGUCAUCCAUGAGGUCCAUGCAGCACUCACCAAAUCUAAGGACCUACAGAGCCAUGUACGAUUACAGCGCCCAGGAUGAAGAUGAGGUCUCCUUCAGGGACGGCGACUACAUUGUCAACGUGCAGCCCAUCGAUGACGGCUGGAUGUAUGGCACUGUGCAGAGAACCGGGAGGACGGGGAUGCUCCCAGCAAAUUACAUUGAGUUUGUUAAUUAAUGAUUUCUCCUUGCCCUUUGAGCUUUAUUCUAUGUAUUCUAAACCUAAUCUUUUUAAAAGGUAGAAGAUACUUUUAAGACCACUUGGCAGUUAUUUUACAAUAAUGUAUCCUUCCUUUGACAAUUAGACACACAGGUACCAGAAAGAAGGGAUAGCUUCUAAGCUGAAAACAGCAGCAUUUUCAGUAAUUCCUAUGAACAAAAUCAUUACUUCUGGAGACCUGGUGCUGCUAAUUGUGUUUGUGGUUUCCUUUGAUUGGCUAUUGAACCCUUCUGGGAAAUGUAUUUUUGUAGACUUUAAUAGAGAUGUUGAUUGUCCCUUAAACAUAACGAGUAUGUGAAACUUCUUAGCUGUCACUUUGGAAUCACCAAAAGCCAAUUCUCUUAACUCAGUAACAUAGCCAAUAAUUUAAAAAUUGUUUAGCUUUUGAGUCAUUAGGCAACUUCCAAUUCA